GCUUGUUGCUCUUUAUGCUUUCUACAAAUGAGGUCCAUAGUUUUCUCUGGCCCAUUGGACAUAUAAAUGAGCCCACGAAAUACAGCCAUUUAACUCCUGAAAAACGGCCACUGAAAUUACCUUCAUCAGUGUGAUUCCGAUCAGAAGCCAGCAAAUUCUUUCUUCAAAUCAUUCGCUUGCAAUGGCCGCCUAUCACAGUCGAAGGGUUUUGAUUGGGUUGGUGGAUUGCAGGAGGCUUGCCCAACUGUGAAGAACAUCCUUCUGUUGGAUUCCGAGGGCAAACGUGUCGCCGUCAAGUACUAUUCGGAUGAAUGGCCCACUAACAGCUCUAAACUAGCUUUUGAGAAGUCCGUUUUCACGAAAACCCAAAAGAAUAAUGCUCGUUCGGAAGCGGAGAUCACGAUGCUGGAGAACAAUAUCAUUGUGUAUAAGUUUGUUCAAGAUCUGCAUUUCUUUUUGACUGGAGGUGAUGAUGAAAAUGAACUGAUCCUAGCUACUGUGCUACAGGGUUUUGUUGAUGCAGUAACUCUUCUCCUCAGGAACAAUGUUGACCUGAGGGAGGCACUUGAAAACUUGGAUCUUAUUCUUUUGUGCCUUGAUGAGAUUGUCGAUGGAGGGAUUGUUCUAGAAACUGAUGGUAGUGUUAUUGCUGGAAAAGUGGCCUCCCAUACCAUGGAUGAUGGUGCUCCGUUGUCUGAGCAGACGAUAUCCCAAGCUCUAGCCACUGCUCGUGAGCAUUUGACAAGAUCGCUCUUGAGAUGACUCUCUCACAUUACUUGCUACAUUGGUGAAACAUUUAUUUUUCGACAUUCUACUUACUUGUAGCUCCUUUUUGGUAUUAUCCUUUUUUUUUUCCAAGUUUUUCAUUCAUGAGCUGAACACGAAAAGAGUAAUUGUGUUGGUUAUCUGGUUAUUGCCAUUUGUUCCGUCUUAUAGACAACAUGAUGAAGUUUGUGCUCAGUUGGCCUUGAGUGCUAUUAUAUAUCCAUAUCAACUUUUCGAUUCUUUAUUAUGCGAAUUCUAUCUUGGGG